AUGGUUUGGGAAGAAAUUGUGGAUAAAAAACGAAAAGCCUUGUUCGCACUUAUUCCUGAGAAAUGGUAUAUUCCAAGUGGUCAGCUACCGGCCGAAUCCCAACGAUCUGUUGUUUCAUUUAUUGAACAAAGUAAUUUAUUGACCGCCGAAGAAUUGGCUAUAACCGAAUUAACUGUCAAACAACUAGCUGGAAAGAUUGCCUCAGGUGAAUACACAGCCACCCAAGUUUGCCAGGCAUAUUGUCACCGAGCAGCAAUUGCUCAUCAAUUAGUUAAUUGUCUUAUUGAAAUAUGUUUUGAUGCCGCAUUGGAACAAGCAAAAGAACUUGAUGAAUAUUUUCAACAACAUGGACAAACAGUAGGAUUACUUCAUGGUGUGCCUGUUUCGCUCAAAGAUCAAUUUCGCGUCAAAGGAUUGGAAUCUAGUAUUGGUUAUGUCGGUUGGUUGGGAACAGUGGAUGAAGAGGAAAGUAUAUUAACUGAAUGUUUACGAAAAGCAGGUGCUAUUAUUUAUGUCAAGACAAAUGUUCCACAAUCUUUGAUGAUUGGAGAAACAAUCAAUAAUAUCAUUGGACGGACACUCAAUCCUUACAAUCGAUUACUGUCAUGUGGUGGAUCAAGUGGUGGUGAAGGUGCACUAGUUGGACUUCAUGGAAGUCCAUUAGGUAUCGGUACAGAUAUCGGAGGAUCAAUUCGUUUGCCAGCAGCAUUCAAUAAUUUAUGGAGUUUGAAGCCUAGCCAUGAAAGACUACCAAUGGGAAAUAUAAAGAAAACUUUAGACGGACAAGAAUCAAUCCCUUCUGUUUGUGGUCCGAUAGCACAUUGUGCUGGUGAUUUAGUUUAUUUUAUGCAAGCUAUUUUAGAACAGAAACCUUGGAAAUAUGAUCCGAAAUUGAUUGAUAUACCUUGGAGAGAGACACGAUAUUUGGAAGGCAAAACUGGAAUGAAAGUUUUUGGAGUCGUAAUUGCAGAUGGCAGUUUUAUGAAAUUCUGA